AUGCUGUCACGACUAGCGAUGUUUGGCGGACGUGUGGCUGUACCGUCCGUGGCCAGAAACUUUCAUGUUUCCGCGAAACAAGCAGCUCGAUUUGAAGGUAACAGAUUCACUCAAUACGUAAGUGUUUAUUAUUGUUUUUUUUUGAAGUUUAGGUAAUAUGUUGCAUUGUAUUGCUUGGCAAUGCUUAAAGGAAUGUUGUACGAACCUUUACAACAAGUUUUAGCAAUUAUUUUUGGCGUUUUUGAGUUGAUUUAAAAUUUUUGGCCUUGGCUCCUUGGAGAAUAUCGAAAAAAUGACUUUUUGUUACUCAAAUCUGCUUCUAAACUUAUUUCGUUAUAAUAUGAGUUGUAAUAUGCUUAUUUCUUACUGUUUUUAGACAUUUGGCACAAAGACAAAGGCUGGGCCAACUCUUCGUGAACGUCUUUUGGGACCUACUACUGGCAAACGUAAGAUAACAUUUUUAGACAGGUUUUCUUUGAUUUUUAGGUUUUUAAUGCUAAAUAUAGUUGAAAAAGGUCGCUAAUAUUGUUUCUUUUAGCAUUUUUGUAUGGCACAUAUGCAAUUGCUGGCGCUUCAGUUUUCGGAGUUGGUAUGUUGUGCUACUAUGGAGCUGGAAUGUCCAAGGGCCUGAGCGCCAUGGAUCGUGCUGCGUAAGUGUUUUGAUUAAAUUUAUAUGUUUAGGAGGAGUAAUAGGCUUAGGCUGAUGAUGUUGUUUUUAUUCUAUGGCCCAUAAGAGUUUUAGUUUAGAGGUAUGAAUGCUAUCGACAUUUAGGUCAUGAGUAAUAUAGAAUUUUUCAAAGAAGUUUUGUUUUCACUGUUAUUUUGGAGGUUAGGGAAAUAGUAGAAGUUAAAUUUUGUUUUAAUUUUAAACAUUUAAAUUUUAGUCUUUGGCCAGAACAUGUCCGACAACGACUCCAAACCACAUACGCUUACUUAGCCGGAAGUUUGGCUCUAACGGCUGCAGCAGGCGUCGCCGCAGCCAGAACUCCUGCCAUUUUAGCCCUGACCUCAGGCGGUGGGCUCCUCGUCUUUGCUGGCAGUAUGGCCGCGAUCAUUGGCACAGGAAUGUUGGUGAGGAGCAUCGACUACGACAACAACAAGAUGGCCAAGAUCCUGAUGUGGGCUGCUCAUUGCGGAGUGAUGGGGGCUGUAUUGGCACCACUUUGCUUUGCCGGAGGACCAGUGUUGAUGAGAGCAGCGUGGUACACGGCUGGACUGGUUGGAGGACUCUCGGCUACGGCUAUGUUUGCUCCAUCAGAGAAGUUUUUGAUGUGGUCUGGACCGUUGGCAAUGGGAUUAGGAGUAGUUUUUGUGGCUAACAUUGGAAGCUUGUUCUUCCCGGCUAACACCGCACUUGGGGCUGGUAGGUUAAUAUUUUUUUGAAUAAUGUGUUGAUAGACUUUUUAAAAUGUUACCUAAAUUCUAAUAAUCUUGCUUUAGGCUUGGCCUCAAUUGUUGUCUACGGCGGUCUGAUCCUCUUCUCAAUGUUUCUUCUCUACGACACCCAGAGGAUCAUCAAAAAAGCCGAAUUUCAACCGUUUGGCGGAGUUCAGACCUACUACAAUCAGUACGGACAACCGGUUCAGGAAGUCCGAACUGGAGGCUACGAUCCAAUCAACGCUCAGCUCUCAUUAUACAUGGAUAUCCUGAACAUUUUCAUUCGCAUGGUCAUGAUCACGGGCGGCGGUAACCAGAGAAGAAAGUAA